AUGACCUUUGACGGCACGAGAGAGAACCACCAGCGACGAUGCCGUCGUUCGGAAGGGAAACAUGGAGAAUGCCGCCUCCAGCCCCACCUACCAACGUUGGACAUGGUCAAUACCACCAAAGGCGAGAAUCACCACAUCACUUACCUUAUUAAAGAGAGGCAGACACAAGGGGAACCAGGACGAAGCGAGGAGACAACCUCCAUAAAACACCGGAGCAAUCGCUCACAAUGGAGCAGAGAAACAAAUAAGCUCGCCAUUACACGUGCCGCCAUUACACGUGCCGCCACACACGUGCCGCCACGUCCUACGUGCGUUGCCACCAGAACACGCCGGAAGAGGAGAGACCCACCUCCGAAGAGCUCACGCACAGCUUACACGGCUCCGGCUCCAGGGACUCCACCGCUGCAACACCAAGCCGGAAGAGCACACCUGCAACAGAUCCGAGCACCCACAACCACCACGCGCUACCACUCAAGCCUAAACACAACAACGACUAAAACAAAACCCAUCCGGACAGAGCCUCAACUGACGACGAAGAAACAGAGCUAUGGAGGAGCGGAGCACCGUCCUCAAGAGCUGCUACCUCCGAGAUCUGACCUUGAAGCAAUUUAG